AUGGAGUAUAAAAAAACGAAAAGGACCAACCAGUACAUCUUUGAAGGGAGCAGACACCAGGCUAAGAGGCAGAAGAUUAACGUCAACGCAGAGUGCAAGGGGAUUCUGAUCUCCACGCUGAGCCCCAAGCGAACGAACAUAGGCAUAAAAGAAUUUUUGAAUUUUCUGAAGGUCCACUUUCCCAGUGAGGCAGAUGAAGCGUCGGUGAAACAGGGACCGAGCAAGGAGGAUCAUCAGAAGGAGGAGAACAAGCCGAACGGAGAGCAAGCGGAACAAGAAGGAGAAGGAGGCCGCAUGGAAAAACAACUGAAGGAUGAAAUCAAGAAGGAGAACAUGGAGUACAACCGCUUUGCCCCGCUUCGAAAUAUAGUAAAAAAUUUUACCUUCAUAAAAUUUAAUAAUGUAACUGAGAAGAACCCAUCGGACAUGGUUCAGCAGAUCUUCGUGUUAGCUCACAACAAGAAGGAAAAGUAUAUCCUCCGACAUUUGUGUAAAAUUAUUCCACUGGACUGCAUUUGCAAACCACACUUGUCUCCCUUCAUAAAGGCCAUCCUGCCAGUUCUGAAGGGGAACUUUCCGGAAGGGACGUGCGUGAAGGAAAACUUCACCUUUGGCCAUUUGUUCAAGCUGAUGAACGUGUCGGCGGAGGAGGAAGAAAAGAAGGAAGGUGAGGAGGAGGGUGACAAGGUGGGUGAUAAGGAGGGCGAUAAGGAGGAUGAUAAGAAGGAAGACCAGACGAAGGACGAUCAGAAGAUGGAGGAAAACAAACCUAAGGAAGAGACAGCGCCAAGUGAAGACAAAAACGCCAAUGGAAAAAAGGUUUCGUGGGCCCUCAUUUACAAAUGCUCGAACACGAAGACUCUGAUGAAAAAAGACGUGUUGACAGUUCUAGACAACUGCAUAGGAAGCAACUAUUCCGUUAAUUUGAGUAACCCUGACUUGGCCGUGGUGGUUUACGUGACAGAGGUUCGUUUUGCAUGUUUGAAAAAGGAGAUCAUGUGCGGAAUUAGCAUCGUCAAAGGUUACGAAAAGACGAGGAAGUUUAACAUAGCGGCGUUUAACGAGGAUUCCUGA